CGCCCCGUCCCUACCUGCGGUGGAGUCCACGUUCUCCCAGGCCGCCGCCCCGCCCAGCACAUCGUCCACCUCCUUCAGCCGCGGGUACUUCCUGCUCGUCACCUGCGGGCACAGCGCUCAGACCCGCGCUCCCCCUCCCCCCGCCCCUCACCCGCCGCGGCCGCGCACCUUCCGCGUGACGUUCCGCACGUAGGGGCAGGUGGUGCAGGCGAAGCGGUGACAGCGCGGCCCCUCCUCGGCCACCAGCACGUUGCCGCACGCCGGGCAGAACAGCAGCAUCGCCGGAUCCGCGCGGCGGGGCCGCCCCUUCCGGCGGCGAUGGCGGAGGCCGAGGAGGAGCUGGCGCACGCCGACGUGCUCGAGCUGUUCCAGGCGGCGCUGGCGCGGCUCGUGCAGGACCCGCUGCUCUGCGACCUGCCGCCGCAGGUGACGCCGGAGGAGAUCGGCUCGCAGGUGGCGCUGGAGUACGGGCAGGCCAUGACGGUGCGCGUCUGCAAGGCGGACGGCGAGAGCAUGCCCGUGGUGGUGGUGCAGAACGCGUCGGUGCUGGACCUGAAGAAGGCGCUGCGGCGGCACGUGCAGCUCCGGCAGGCGCGGCGAGGCGGCGUGCAGCACCUCAGCUGGAAGUACAUCUGGAGGACCUACCACCUCACCUACGGCGGGGAGAAGCUGACGGACGACAGGAAGAAGCUGAGAGAGUACGGCAUCAGAAACCGGGAUGAGGUCAGCUUCAUCAAGAAACUUCGCAAGUAACCUGUCAGGUAAGUCUUGAAUACCCGUUACCAAUACCUGUUCUUCAGUUUUGCCUUCCCAGGGCCUCAGCGUUCCGGCGUACAGCACACAGCAGCUCGUGCUGCUGCUGCUCCUGGCUGUACAGCAGAGCGCUCCCGUGUGCCUGUGUCUGCAGCCUGGCUCUGGCCCCUGCCCGCAUCCUGGUUGUGUUGCUUGUGCUUCUCUCAGGGCAGGGAGUGAUGGUUCAAACCGCAUCAGGAGCAGCAGCAGUGAUACCUCAGUGCUGCAUCUGGAACCCACUGUGCAUUUUAGACUCUUGAAUUGGCUCCCAGUGUCCUGAGUCUCGUUAAAUGCAGUGUUCCUUUGUUUGUCCCCGUGAUUGUUUCUAGGACCUUCCUUUUAGGACCUUCCUUUUAGGACCUUCCUUUUAGGACCUUCCUUU